AUGCCCACAUUCGAAGAAACCAUAGACAACGCCACCGCCUGGGACGGCAAGACGGAUAAGCGCGUCGCACACGGCAUCCUCUGUCAAGCCAUCGACCGCAACGGCACCCCCCUCCUCAAGCACGCCUCAGGCACGACGCACAUCACCCCUUCCGCACCACCCAUCACCUUUGACGCCACCUUCCUCCUCGCCUCCUGCACCAAGCUCUUCACCUCCAUCUGCGCGCUCCAAUGCGUCGAGCGGGGCCAGAUCGGCCUGGACGAGCCUCUGGACGCCCACCUACCCGAAAUCUGCACGCAGCCGCUCAUCGCCCUCGAGGACCCGUCCAUCGACACCACCCUCCGGAGACCCAGCACCACUACCACCACUGCUGCGUACUCUGCUGACCCAAGCACCGUCAAGCUCUCCUUCAAGCCGCGCGGCGCCUGCCCGCUCACGCUGCGCCACCUGCUGACGCACGCGUCCGGCCUGGCGCACGACCUGCUGCACCCGACCGUCGCGGCGUGGCGCGCCGCGCACGGCAGGGCGGAUUCGUGGACGGGGCAGAACACCGACGUCGUGCACGACUACAGCGUGCCGCUGGUGUACGAGCCGGGGCGCGGCUGGUCAUACGGGCCGUCGACGGACUGGGCGGGGAAGCUGGUGGAGAGGUUGAAUUCCCGUGGUGGUGGUGGUGGUGGUGGUGGUGGUGAUGGUGGUGGUCAGGAGGGAGCGACGACGACGAUGAACUUGGAGGACUACAUGCGGAAGAACCUUUUCGAACCGUUGGGGAUGCGUGACUCGACGUUCUUGCUGGGGAGCAGGCCGGACGUCGAGGCGCGGUUGAUGCAGACGGCGGAGCAGGGGAAGGGCGAGGGCGGAGAAGGCUUGGGGGAGAUGGCGGAGGUGUGGAUGCCGAGGGAGCCGAAGGACUGCUUGGGUGGGAGUGGGCUGUACACGACGGUCGGGGAUUACUUGAAGGUGUUGGAGGACCUCAUGCAGGAGCAGCCGAAGACGUUGAAGAAGGAGACGGUGGACCUGAUGUUCACACCGCAACUGAGCGACGAGUCGAGGAAGAGUUUAAGGGCGAGCAUGGAAUUGAUGGGGGUGAUGAUUGGUGGGAUGGUGCCGGAGAAUGUGCGCUUGGAUCACGGCCUUGGAGGGUUGUUGGUCGUGGAUGAUAAUCCGAAUACGGGGAUGAAAGGGGGUACGAUGACGUGGGCAGGCCAUGGCAAUCUGCUGUGGUUUGUAAACCGAACAGCCAAUGAUGAUAAGGGUGUUGCUGCAUUCUUCGGGACCCAAGUCAUGCCAUCAGCGGGAGAGGAGAUAUCAAAACUUACCAAGCAGUUCAUCCAAGAAGUCUGGAAGCGGGUGGAGUAA